GCACACUCCGCUGCAGUCAAUUAAGAAGGCCUCUGUCGAUCGACCCGACCAACGUUCGCCCCCCUCGCUGCGGGGAACAGCUGCGCCCACCGGAGCCCGCACCGGCCGACGCGUGCUCGGGCGCUUGACGCGGUACGCGACUCGUGGGUGCCGUCCCGCGCCCCGCGUCUCCGCUGCUCUCGACCAUGUCCGCACAAACAUUCACCGUCAACGAGCGUGUCCUCUGCUACCACGGCCCCCUCAUCUACGAGGCCAAAGUGCUCAAGACUGAGACCUGGGACGCGUCCAACACUCAGUCCGGCGUCGUUGGCCCCCACUACUACGUCCACUACAAGGGCUGGAAACAGACAUGGGAUGAGUGGGUCGAUGCGUCGCGUCUGCUCAAGUUCAACGAGACGAAUAUCGGUCUGCAGAAGGCGCUUCAGUCGCAGUCCCAGGCCGCUCAGGCCGCCAGUGCCUCCUCUUCGAAAGCCGCAAAGGCCCAGUCCGGAAAGGACGUCGCCGGUGCGAGUGGGCGCGGCGGGCUCGGAGGGCGCAAAGACGGUGCACGGGGCACCAAGCGCGGCAGAGACGAGGAUGAGGGCACGCGCAAGCCCGAGAUGAAGCUGAACGUGCCGGAAACACUGAAGGUGCUGCUCGUGGACGACUGGGAGGCCGUUACCAAGAACAACCAGCUCGUGGGGCUCCCACGAAAACCGAGCACGAUCGACGUCCUCGAGGACUUCAAGCAGCACGUCCUCGCCCAGGGCGCCUCGACACAACUGAAAGACCCGAAGAUCCUGCUGCCGACGAUCAUCGCGGGCCUGCAGACGUACUUCGACCGCGCGCUCGGCGCGAACCUGCUCUACCGCUUCGAGCGCCCGCAGUACGCGGAGAUCCGCAAAAAGUACGUGACGGGCCCGACGGUCGUCGUCGGGCAGGAGAAGGAGAUGAGCGCGAUCUACGGCGCGGAGCACUUCCUGCGCAUGCUCGUGAGUCUGCCGCAGAUGGUCGCGAGCUCGAGCAUGGACGGCGAGUCGGUCGGGUUAUUGCGGGAGUACGUGAACGAGCUGCUGCAGUGGAUGGCGGACGAGAAGGCGCGGAUAUUCGCGCCCGAGUACGAGAGCGCGAGCAUCGCGUACCAGAACAUCUCCCGCUCGUGAUCGCUUUGUUGUGCUGUACUGUGAUCGUUUGCGUGUACGAUAUGAAGUCUUUUUCUCG